AUGGUGGAGGAAAAUUGCCUGUCCGAGCAACAGUGCAAGUUACUUAAUGAUUGUUUGGUAAAGCAGCUAGAAGGCAUGUUAUUAUAUUUCGCUUAGUUUUGCCAAUUACAUGUACAGUACUUGUUAUUAUGAAACUUUGCCUUAGAGAAGAAAUUGCCUCUAAGCAAUAUUAAAUCAAGCUUUAUGAAGAACAAACAAAUAUAAUUAUGUCUUUCCGGCAUUCUUAUUUAUUUCAGUUAUACCAGUGAAGACUAUUCUGGUUUUUGUUAAUUUGGCCUAUCUGUUUCCAGAUCUGUAGCUGUUGUUUCAUGGAAUGAUCCUCAGCGUGCAAAGAAAUUAGUGUCUGAUAGGGCAGGGCUAGUGGAUUUUGCCAUCGGGCUAGUGAUUUUUGUUCUUAACUUGCCCGACAGGCAAGUGCUAUUUUUUGUUUUAAAAAUUCAAAUUACAUAAGGAUUGUAAUCAAUCCUGCUAAUAGAUAAGGGUUUUGGGGCUAGUUGAAAUGACUUGUGGGCUAUAGUACUGCUAGCUACAGCUUGCCUGAAUGGCAGGCUGUAAAACUGACUUUCUUUGCACCCUGGAUCCUUUAGUGUUGUACUAGGCAGUUAUUACUAUACCAACAACUUGUGACCUUUGUUUUUUACAAAUGAAUUUGGCUAAUAGUUGUAUUAUAGUAGGAAAGAAAAUAAACUAUCUUUUCCUUUAGAAAUCUUUAUUAAACCUUUAGUUAGUGAUUUCAUUAGACAAUUUUAGAAUACACUUUUCUAGUAGUGUUUUAAUUUUUAACAAUCAUAUGUGAAUAUGGUAAGUUUUAAAGAAAAUUCCCAAGACAUACAUGUACGUGGUUUAGACAACUCCAGAUAUAAGUGAUGUCAUUUUUAAGGGUUUUUCAGCUGGCUUUCAAGGGUGUUUUUGAAAACUUGCUUUUAUUUUCAAUUUUUGUUACAAAGAUAAUAUGCUUCAAUUUUUGUUUUAUUUGUAAUUAAAAACAGGUUAAAAUACCAUCAAAAAACAGGUUAAAACACCAUUAAAAGCAGGUUAAAACACCUUUAAAAACAGAUUAAAACAUCAUUAAAAACAGGCUAAAACACCAUUGAAAAAAAGGGUUAGACAACAUUUAAAGGCAGGUUAAAACACCAUUCAAAACAGGUUAAAACACCAUUUAAAGCAGGUUAAAACACCUUUAAAAACAGGUUAAAACACCAUUAAAAACAGGUUAAAACACCUUUAAAAACAGGUUAAAACACUAUUAAAAACAGAUUAAAACACCAUUAAAAAUAGAAUUUGAUACCUGUUUUAAAUGAAGUUCUCAAAUACAAUUAAAACAGUUUUAAAAAUAUAUCAAAAAUAUGUUAAAAAUAGUGUUUAGUUUGGUACCGGUUAAUCAUUGUAUCUCAUGUUUGUUAUUUUUAUAUAUAUCUAAUUUCAUGAAGACGAGCACAGUUUAUGCGGCAAGUUUAUGUUUAUGCGGCAAGUUUAUUGGAGACAAUGAUCUAACCUCGCAUCAGGUUUGAUAUAAGCUUACAGAACUUUAAAAAGCCUUUAGAUAUGUUAACUAGAAAGAGAAAUAGACAAGGAAAUACACAAACUCAAGUACUUUCUGGACGAAACGGACGAGCUAAUUAAGCUAAGGGAUUACACGGAAAUGGAUAUUGCAACACACAAGCGGAGGAAAUCGUGGGCAAGUUAACGUAUCUAUUUCGCAAGCAGAGGAAUUAAAAAUAGAUCAUGGUGUAUCUCCUCGAUCGAUGAGACAAUGGAAGAAGGACGUGAAAGCCAGGCAUUCCACAUUUCUUGUGGACAAAGAAAAGCUUGCGAAGUUCUUAAAUAACAGACAAGAGGAAAUAGACGAGGAAAUGGAAAGAAAACGAUUUGAAGCCAAACAAGAACAACAGCAAGAAGAGGAGAGCCGUUUAACUGAGUUGCACUUGCGACAAGAAGAGCACGAACGAGACAGGAGAAAAUUGAUGCAUAAUUACAGGCGACGCAUAAACGGCUGAAACUGGAAAAAGAAGCCCGUUCAACCACAGCAAAACUGGCCAAAUUGAUAAUAACACCGUUCAAAAGAACGCCUACCGACUGGGUUAGAGUCGAGAACGUGUUUAUCACACAAGUCCACAACAAAUCGAUCAGCGCAGAAGAGAAAUUCGGAAAUGGUCAAUCCAAACGUACGAGCAAAGAUAAAAAACCUGAAGCCUGGUGAAAUGGGCUACAAGAAAGACUGAAAUCGGGGUAUAGCCAGAGCAAACUUGCUUUGAACGCACACGUAGGAGAAAAAAUGAACCUUCCUGUCAUUAGAGGAUCCAAUUACUUAAAGAUUCAGGAAUUUUACGAGAGCUCGAGCAGAAAUUUGUAUGCUGACAAUGGGCGAAGCCGACAUGCUAAGGGGGCUCGUGGUGUCCACUCUUAA